AUGGCGUCCAGGACCUUCUCGGCGGCGUGCCUGCUGGCGCUGCUGGUGGCCAACACGUUCCUCGCCGGCGAUGCCUGCGGCAGCUGCAAGCACCAAACCCCGCCGCCGGCCUCCCCGUCCCCGCCCCCACCAUCGCCGUCUACGACGCCGUGCCCACCUCCUUCGUCAGGCGGCGGCGGCGGCACGUCGUGCCCCACGGACACACUGAAGCUGGGCGCCUGCGCCAACGUGCUGGGCCUGGUGAACGUGGGCGUCGGCAAGCCCCCCAGCGGCAGCGGCGACAAGUGCUGCAGCCUCCUCGGCGGCCUGGCCGACCUCGAGGCCGCCGUGUGCCUCUGCACCGCGCUCAAGGCCAACGUCCUCGGCAUCGUCCUCAACAUCCCCGUCAAGCUCAGCCUCCUCCUCAACUACUGCGGCAAGACCGCCCCCAAGGGCUUCCAGUGCGCUUAG